GAAAAGUGUUUGGCCGUCCUUGUGUAAUACGAAGGCAUUAUUUUGGACCAACAAAUAGACUAACAUGGUCCAUGCAUUCGCGACGCUCUUUUUUAGCGUCCUUUUUUUACUCUCUCUCUCUCUCUCUCUGUCUUUGUUUUUACCCUCCCAUCAUUGCCAGUUGUCUAUCUGGAAGGUAUUGUCUGCGGACGAAACCUCUGGCGCGAAACGCGAAGAUGGACCGAGUGUAGGCCAGCCAGCAAUUUUUUUUUUUGUUCCUCUUUGGCCUGAUUCGACCGAACACGACACUGUGUUCAGAGUCUUUAGAGAGGCCCAAGAUAUCGCAACUUAUUUCAAUUGCCAUUGCAGCAUGUGUAAAAGCAAGUGAACAAGCAUGGUCUUUUUUAUUUUACUUUUUUAAACAAGAGACAUAGACUAGGACAUGCUGUCAAAGGCCUCGAAGGAUCCGUGGGCCUGUAUUGUA